GGGGAACACUUCUGACCUCAAGGCCUUGUUUGACUUUGUCCGGAGCUGCCUGGCUCCUGUGGGGGCUGGGGGGAGCCCCGUGCUGCUGGUGGAUGAUCUCAGCCUCCUGCUCAGCCUGGGGGCUGCACCGUGCAGAGUGGGGGUGUGCUCCCAGCUGAAGGGGAACAUCGUGGUGCUGGUCCACAGCAAUGAGGAUUCAGAAGAUGAGGAAAACAAGCUGGUUGUGAACUCCCUGUGCCAUCACAGCGACCUGAUCCUGUGGGCAGAGGGGCUGGCGACUGGCUUCUGCAAGGACGUGCAUGGGCAGAUUAAAAUAAUCAAGAGAUCGUCCUUGGAGCUGACGGGGGAGCAGGACCACGUCCAGAUCUACCAGUACAAGAUCCAGGAGAAGAACGUCACCUUCUUCGCCCCGGGGCUGUCAGCUGCAGUCCUGUGA